AUGAAGGAUUUGAAUGGCGAACCACCUGAAGCUUCUAAAGUUUCGGGCCAUGAUACUUCUCAGAUCUGCGACGUGGCUCUCCCCACCUACACGCGAAACUCCUGCCAUCCACGAUCACUCGGUUACCUCUCUGUUUGCCGUACACCAACAAAAGAUUCCGAUCAAUCUGCGUAUCCUUUCAAUACAUCCCUCUCCAAUUUCAUGAAUAUAACAGAUGUCCUCUUCCUUCAUCUCCAACUGUCACUCGGCGUGUAG